AUGCAAAGACGUAUGUCUGGUAGUGACGAAAGUAGCUUUGAUAUGGAAGAGCCUUUUCAGGACUCAGGUUCUGAGUUUGUUCCUUCUGAUAAUUGCAGUGAAGCUAGCAAUCUCUCUGAGAAGGCACUUCCAGCGAGCCAGUUAUUAGUCAGUGAGCAAAAAGAAAGACAGUGGAAGAGAAAUAUUGGAAAAAGAAAGCGUGCUGCUGGCGAAGAAUACGUUAACACCAGGGAGAGGGUGAUUCCUUCUAAGAGUAUUGAAGCCAAAGAUUGCCCGUGUUCAAAGAAGUGUCAUGAAAAUUUUUCGCAGAAGUGGCGUGAGGAUUUGUUUAAAAAUUUUUAUAGAUUGGGAUCUCAUACCUAG